AUGCAGCGGCUUGAGUGUCACGUAAAGAAGUAUAACUGGGGGAAACGUGGCACUCAGAGCGAGGUGGCACGACUGUUUGCCGCUGGGCACAGGAACUUUGAAGUGGACGAAGAUGAGACCUACGCUGAGCUCUGGAUGGGCACCCACCCAGAUGGCCCCGCUGUGCUUUCGAACUCCGCCACGCGGCUGUCAUCAUUCAUCGCCAAGAGCCAUUCAGCCAGCUAUCUGAGCAACAACAAUUGGAAAGAAGAUAUUCACUUGCCUUUUAUAAUGAAAGUCAUGUCUAUAGCUCGAUCCCUCAGUCUUCAAGUACAUCCCAAUAAGGAACAAGCUAUCAGGCUACACGAACGGGACCCUAUCCACUACCCGGAGCGGCAUCACAAACCCGAACUCGCGUACGCCCUAACACAGUUCGAGCUGUUAUGCGGAUUCCGGCCAGCAGAUGAAAUCCUAGAAAAUAUCGAAGCUUUUCCACCACUACGGCACGUAAUGGACAGCCAUAAUUGCGAGAAUCUUCGGAUUAUCGUAGGAAAAGAGAAGAAUCCGCACUCUCUCAAAUGUCGACAGGCGCUAGCCGCUUGCUUCGGGGAAAUGAUGGAAAGAACUCGACGCCAUCCGGAUCUCGUCAGCGAGUAUGUCGAUGAACUGAUUGAAUGCCUCGACAAUGGAGUACGCGGUUGUCUAACUGAAGCCACUGUCAAAGUGAUUCAGAAGAUGUCUGUGGAUUUCCCUGGUGAUGUUGGUGUAUUUUCUCCAUUGAUUCUGAAUCACAUGAUCCUGAAACCAGGAGAGUGCUGCUACUAUGCAGCUGAAGAACUGCACGCCUAUCUUAGCGGAGGUACAGUUCAAACGUUAACUUCACAGAACAUUUCUAACGAAUACUGA